AUGGAGAAAGACCUGUCGUCUCUCUACUCUGAGAAGAAGGACGGAGAGGACCAUGAAGCCCCAUUUAACAUCAAAUUAUCCAAAUCCGUUCUCGUGACCACGCCGCAAAAUAGCCAUUCACUGUUAGAUGAUAACAAAUCGCUCUCACAAUGGACAGAUGAUGUGUUCACUCAAUCGGUAUUUUAUCACGGGUCAGACGACUUGAUAUGGGGAAAAUUUUUUGUCUGUGUGUACAAGUCGCCUAGCAACAAUAAGUUGAACGCUAUAAUAUUCGACAAAUUGGGAACGUCAUGCUUCGAAUCCGUGGAUGUAUCUACUGGUUCGCAGUACUAUCCGGCCAUUGAGAAUUUGAGUCCAAGUGAUCAGGAAAGUAAUGUUAAGAAAUGCAUUGCCGUCGUGCUGCUACAGCGCUACCCGUUGCUUUCGCAAUCAGACUUAUCGCAAAUCUUGUCCAACAAAUCGGAAAAUUGUGACUACGAUCCCCCUCACGCUGGAGAUUUGGCUAGCAGUUGCCAAUUAAUAACUGCAGUCCCUCCAGAAGAUCUAGGGAAGCGCUUCUUUACAUCAGGGCUUCUGCAAGAUAGAUUUGUCAGUUCUGCCCUGCUGGAUGUUAUUUAUGAAAACAGCGAAUCCACCAUCGAGUUGAAUAAUAGGCUGGUAUUUCACCUUGGUGAACAACUUGAGCAACUUUUUAAUCCAGUGACAGAAUACUCACCAGAACAGACAGAGUACGGUUACAAGGCUCCAGAUGAUGAACUACCUACGGAAUCAGAUGGCGAUCUUGUGAAGGCCAUUUGCAACGAGCUAUUGCAAUUACAAACAAAUUUUACUUUCAGCUUGGUAGAAUUUUUGCAAAAGUUCCUGAUCGCCUUGAGAGUCAGAGUACUGAAUGAAGAAAUUGAUGGAUUAUCUACUACAAAAUUGAACCGACUCUUCCCGCCCACAAUAGACGAAGUCACGAGAAUCAAUUGCAUCUUUCUAGACUCGUUGAAAACAGCAACCCCUUACGGUUCCCUCGAAGUGCUCAAAGCAUGCAGCAUUACCAUUCCUUAUUUCUACAAGGCAUACACAAGACAUGAAGCAGCCACGAAAAAGUUCAGCAAAGAUAUUAAGUUGUUCAUCAGGCAUUUCAGCAAUGUAAUUCCAGAAAGAGAGGUUUACACGGAAAUGAAAAUCGAAAGCAUAAUUAAGGGACCCCAGGAAAAACUGCUGAAGCUAAAGCUUAUUAUAGAGAGACUGUGGAAGUCAAAGAAAUGGAAACCGGAAAAUCAGGAAAUGGCCAAAAAAUGCUACGACAAUAUUAUAGAUGUCAUCGAUUCAUUUGGAAAGCUGGACUCCCCGCUCCAUUCCUAUAGUACAAGAGUAUUCACUCCAUCGGGAAAAAUUCUCACAGAAUUAGCCAAGUGCUGGCCUGUGGAACUACAAUACAAAUGGUUGAAAAGAAGGGUAGUUGGUGUGUAUGAUGUAGUGGAUUUAAAUGAUGAAAGCAAGAGAAAUUUACUGGUCAUAUUCAGUGAUUAUGUGGUUUUCAUCAAUAUACUAGAGGCAGAAAGUUAUUACACUUCAGAUGGGUCAAACAGGCCCUUAAUCUCAGAUAUUUUAAUGAACUCAUUGAUCAACGAAGUCCCAUUACCCUCCAAGAUCCCUAAGUUGAAAGUGGAACGUCAUUGCUACAUAGAUGAGGUUCUGGUUUCCAUAUUGGACAAAAGCUCUCUGCGUUUUGAUCGCUUAAAGGGAGAAAAUUCUUUCUCAACGGUAUGCAAAUUGUCCUCUACUUUUAUCUCUUCUUCGUCGGUGGCUGACUUGAUUACAAAGGCUAGAAUUUUGGAAAAAGAUACUGCAUUUCAUCUAUUUAAAGCUAGUAGAAGUCAUUUCACAUUGUAUUCUACUGCUCACGAGCUUUGCGCUUAUGAUGCCGAAAAAAUAAAAUCAAAAUUUGCCUUAUUCCUGAACAUACCACCAUCCGAGGAGAUAUUAGAAGCCAACAAACUUCAUUUGGCUUUGUUUGCAAGAUUUCGUAACAAUGGUGAUAGCGAUAACCUCGUAAUCUUGGACAUCUUAACCAAACAUGAGAAUAAACAUAUAGAAGUCACUUCUGAUAACAUCGUUUUCACCAUAAUUAAUCAAUUGGCCAUUGAGAUACCGAUAUGCUAUUCUUCUUUGAAGUCAUCCAUGGCCGAAGAUUUACUCUGUGUAAAUGAGAAUUUGGUAAAGGAUUUAGAACGUCAAUUGAAAGAGGUCAAGGGUCGUUCAACGAACGAACAUAAGGCUAUUGAUAGCAAUGUUUCCAAUGCAUCUACCUUUGAUGCUACUCACGAGAAGAAAAGAUCAUACGGCACCAUAACAACAUUCAGAAGCUAUACAAGCGACUUAAAGGACAGCUCAUCAGGCAAUAAAGGUAAACUUACAAAGGGGACUAAGGAAAUUUCACCAGUGAAACCCACAAAAAAGCCCGCGAAAAAGCCAAGAGAAGUUCAAAAGAAGACCAAAACAGAGGCCUCUAAGGCAGGCCAUAUGAAAAAGAAACCCCCCAAGAAAAGUAAAGGAUUUUUUGGUGUGUUAAAAAAUGUUUUUGGAAAUAAAAGCAAGAGUAAGCCUUUACCAGUUCAGAGGGAACCUAAAAAAAUUCCACAAAGACACCCUAAAUCACCAGUGAAGAAGCCGACAACCUUAGAAAAAAAGUCUUCCUCUAAAAGGGCAGUCGUUGCAUCGUCCAAAAUUGAAAAAAAAAGCAAUUCUUCUUCCACAAAAGAAUCGCAAAGUGCCAAAUCUUCUCUUGAAGCCGUUGAAUUCAAAUCUCGUGAUUUAAUCGAAAAAUCACCUGAUGUUGAAAAAGGCCCACAUCCUCAAGAAAAUACCAGGAUAUCUUCAGUAGUAAGGGACACCAAAUUUGCCUCCUACAUUCCCUUUCAACCUGUGGAGCCAAAAGCGGACCAAAGCAUAAAACAAGGCAACCCUUCUAAUUUUGCAGACGUGGAAAGAUCUGCGUCUUCUCAUCCUGAAAAACCGGAUGUUGAGACAGAAGAUCAAAUAAAGGAGAAGGCGGCGGAAUCGUCACAAGUUCACGGGAAAGAAGAACUGCCGGACCUUGCCGAGAUGGCUACGACAAAUAGAGUCCCGGCAAUUCUGACUGGGGAUCAAAAUAUUGAUACCCAAAGUGAAGCUCUGCGUGCGGAAGAUGUGGCAAACGUAGAUGAUAAUAAUGAAAACAGACAGAAUGAAAGUAGAGUGUUUAAUGAUGACCUCUUUGGUGACUUUAUUCCUAAGCGUUCCGGUAGCGAACAGGACAACAUUAGCGGCUCGAACAGUUUGUUUCCAGAGGGAGAGAUUCUCCAAAAAAAAGGCGUAAUAAAUCCAAACUCUAAUAUGUCUUCCAGAACUGAUGACGAUGCAUCUACAUUGACGCAGAAAUUCUCUUCACGAGCAGAUAAAACGCCGACUGAAAAUCCUUAUGAUUUAAAAGAUACCAACAAUGAAUCGAAGGACGUAAUAUUAGGAGAAGAUCACAAAGACAAAGCGACAGCGGAAGAAACGACUAAACCAAAAAACCUAGUGGAAAAAAGAGCAGAACGGAAAGAAAUAUUCCCCACUAUUCCCAGGUUAGUGCCGCCAGCCUCAAAAAUAAACUUUCAAAGAUCACCAUCCUAUAUUGAGCUCUUUCAAGGUAUGAGGGUUGUUUUAGAUAAGCAUGAUGCUCAUUAUAACUGGAGACGCUUGGCUAGUCAAGUCUCCUUGAGCGAUGGACUAAAAGUUAAUACUGAGGACGAUGCGCCAAUCGCAAAUAAAUCUCAUGGCGAUAUCAACGCAGAAAGAAUGACUCAAAUUUCUGAAGCGGUUGAGGAUGAAAUGCAGCAACCUAUCCCAACUUAUUUACCUAAGGGGGAUUUAUGUGACUCGAGUAUUGAAAACGGAGAUGACAAAUUCUUCGAAAUUGAGGAGAAACUCAAGGAAGAAUUGAAGGGCAGCAAAACCGUUAAUGAAGAUGCCGGUAGUAAUAACCUACCUCAUUCUAUCCCAAAAAUUGAGAAGCCGCCAGCAUUCAAAGUUAUUAGAACAUCGCCUGUAAGAAUUAUUGGUAAGACCUUUGAAGAUAUUAGAAAGAAUGAAAAUGCUUCUCCAUCUGAUCUUUCAUUCACUUAUGACACUCAUAAUGAGGAUGAACCUGACAAAAGACUGAUGGAGUUAAAAUUUCCGUCCCAAGAUGAAAUUCCAGACGACAGGUUCUAUACUCCAGCAGAGGAACCCACUGCUGCAUUUCCAGUGGAGGAACUCCCAAAGACUUUGCGAAAUGUUGACAUUACAACUUCUAAUAACAAGAGUACAGAUGAUAAGUUGAAUAAGAGUAUUGAACAAAACCCUACCGAACUGUUGGAUGAUUUAGAAUUCAGUUCAUUUAAUAUAGCAUUUGGAAAUACCUCGAUGAGUACUGAUAAUGUUAAAGAUUCAUCCGAUUCGAGUUCGAAUAAAACAGUAUCAGAAAAUGCUACGAAAGUUCAAGAGUCUCCUAGUGGACCGUUAAUCUAUGUUUUGCCCCAAAGUUGCACAAAGCGUGAGAAAGAGGGAUUCCUUCGAAAGAAGGAAAAUAACGAGCCCAUUUGGGUUUCUCCUAGCAAAAUUGACUUUGCUGAUCUAAGUAGGAGAACGAAAGCAUUGACACCAGAACGUAACACUGUUCCUUUGAAAAACAACGACGGUAGAACAUAUAAAAAUGUUGAAGGUGGGUCUAUCGGCAACAUGACAAAUAUAUUGUUAUCUAAAGAUGCUUCAUACGCAUAUCUGACAGAUUUUGUUGCGUUAAGUGAUAAAGAAGAUGGGGAUGGGAAGGAGAGUUACGUGCUCGACGGCCCAGAGAGACUGAAAUUUUAUUGA